AGGUAUCGUCAGUGCAGUUGUUUUGAGGUGCUAAGACGUCAAUUGAUAAAUUCCCAAUUUUACCGUAACAUAACACACUUGUCCACACAAUCAAUUUAGCAACAUUCUCUGAUUCGGUUUAACAAUACUUAGCACGAUGGAAACCUUCUAGCCCUAUAUACACGCGAGUGUUUGAGUGUGUAGAUGUGUACAUAAGUACGCACAUAAGUCCAGGUACAUAUGCAGCCAAUGGGAAUGUUCGGUGCAUUAUCCUUGAAGACUUGGUGGUAAAUACGCCCUUUGGGCGGUUUUCGUAGCCAUAAACACCACCCCAUGGGGUCGGACAAAUGCUGAAUGCUGCGGAACUCGGGGGAAACCCCCUUCAAACUGCGCUUGAAGUAUUUAAUUAAAUUAAGUCAUAUUCAAGAAAGUGCGGACCUUAGUUGUACACCAGAAAUGGCCUAGGAAAAUCAUCUAAGCAAUCUAGGCACUUGUCAAUAGGCUUGAACGACUAAAACUUUACCCGCAUCUUGGGCAAACCAUGGAGGAACCGAAAAGUGUACCCACAGCGGAGCUUCCCAGCACAUCAACCGGGGCAUCGUCGUCCUCAUCGACUUUGUCCAACAACGUGAGCUACGACAAGAUAGCCUGGACUCGGGAUAUCACAGAACCCUUGGCUGAGGAGUCAUCUACAAGUCAAUUGCGCCCGCUGGGUACCUCGAUUCCAACCAAUUCGACGGCAUCGGAACUGAAGAAGUCCAACACUUCGUAUUCCUUUACUGGAGACUAUCUAUCUGGUGGCAAUAAGGCCGAUCUGAAGGGUGGCUAUCCAUUCGGCGGCACCGAUACGGACACAAAAGCCAACGAAAAGGACAAGGAGAAGGAACAUACCGCAGACGACUCACUCUACGAGUGCAACAUAUGCCUGGACACCGCCAAGGAUGCUGUGGUCAGCAUGUGCGGCCAUCUGUUCUGCUGGCCGUGCCUGCAUCAGUGGCUCCUGACGCGUCCCAAUCGCAAACUCUGUCCCGUUUGUAAGGCUGCCGUUGAUAAGGAUAAGGUCAUACCGCUGUACGGAAGAAAUAGUACACACCAGGAAGAUCCACGUAACAAAGUUCCACCACGCCCCGCUGGACAACGUACAGAACCAGAUCCUGUUCCCGGGUUCCCUGGAUUCGGAUUCGGCGACGGAUUUCACAUGUCUUUCGGUAUUGGAGCUUUUCCUUUCGGGUUCAUAACAUCUACGCUCAACUUUGGCGAACCACGUCCACCUGCUGCUAAUCGGGGAACAAGGCAAUACGAGGAUGAACAGACCCUGUCCAAGCUGUUUUCGUAUUUGGCCGUUGUGUGGAUAUUGUGGCUGUUCUAUGCAUAGCAAUCUGCGAACGCAUAAAGACAUCACCCCGAUAAGAAGAACCUAUGUUCAAAUGUGUAUGGAAAGCGUGCGAAGUAAUCAUAUAGCAGUAUCCUCCAGUUAAAUCAACAAUAUUCUUAAACUCGUUGGGCAAUAGUCGUUGGUGUGAUUAAUUAACAUAAAUUGUUAGCAUUCGGUUAUAAUUGUAAUUUGAGGAUUCGCAAAACAGAAGUGGAUUGGAUCCCAAACUAUUUCAAAAAGUCCGCGAUACCCUACGACUCCAGCAUAAAAAACUGAAAUUUCGAAAUCAUUGGAUCGUAAUGAUUUAAUUCAAAUGUAGAUGUCAAAAAUUGUAUAAAUAUAUAUUUUAAAUUCGAUAAAACAUUAAAAACAUUUAUUUC